AAAGAUGCUGUCAGUCAGCGUUUGCCUAGAACAACGUAAAGUCGGAGAGCCUGAAAUUUAUUUAAAACCUAAGCGACUAUUGUUUUUCUUUUAAAUUGCGAAGCUCAUAAGGUAGACAUGAAAGCUGUGUUAGUACUCGCGUUCAGCAUUAUUUUAACUACGGUUCUAGGUACUCCCCAACAAGAUGUACAAAUUGUGGAAUUAGAAAAUGAUAAUGACGGCACCGGGAACUACAAAUUUAGAUACUCUCUGUCUGAUGGAACAAAGCAAGAUGAAGCUGGGGAAUUAAAGGAUGUUCAAGGAGAAGAAGGCCCAGUCCAAGCAGUUGUGAAAACUGGUUCCUACGAGUUUACAGAUCCAGAAGGAAAACUACACAGAGUGACGUAUACGGCCGAUGAGAAUGGAUUUCAUCCCGUUGUCGAGAGUUAAACUCUCAAAGCAUAUAAAUUUUACAAUAAGUUUUAUCGAUGUGUGAAAUAAUUUUGUAGUUUCUCUUCCAUACAUGCAUAAAUAUAUGUAUAUGCAAAAUAUA